AUGAGACGCCAGAGAACUGAAUCAGACGACGGUGAACAGAAGAAGACGGCGAAAAGAACAAUAGAACGGCAAAAAGAGCAAGGCGACAGGGAAGAGAACAAGACAAUGGAGAUGAGAACAAGUCGUCGAGAAAGAUACGUAACAGAGAUAUCGGGGAAGCAAACACGGCAGGAAAACGACGACCAAGACGAUGAUGAAGCAGCAGAGGAGGCCCCGGAGCAAGGGGAGGGGGAAGGCCAAUUCGUGGGCCGGGCCGGAGCGGACGAUGCGUCGUUCGCGGAGCGGGGGCGGGGCCGGGGGCGGGGGCGGGCGCCAGGCGGCGCCUGUUCCUGCGGCCGCGGCGGGUCUGGUCCCAAUCAUCGUCGCAGCGCGGGCAGGCGUGGGCGGGGCGGCGGGCAUGGCAGGGCGGAAGGGGCGGGCGAACGGCAUGUCGAAGCCGUGUCCAACAGAGGGCCUCGGCUAAGCGGCGGCGGGCGCCCCAUGCGACAAAAGACGAGCGGCGCUAGCACCAGCAGGAGCAGCAGGGACAUCACGCGGGUGGCGGCGGCGGCGGUGCGGGGGGCGGAGGCGGUGUCGGGCGUUGGGCGUCGCCGUCGGCGCUAG